CAAUUUAUCGAAUAUUUAUCAGUGGCCUUGCGUGUACGAGUGUGUACAUAAGCAUUUCGCGUACCGUUGUGCAUACAUUUCAAUAAUUAUUAUUAAUAUUGUUUGUCGUUCGUGCACCGCAGUUCCGACAUCCGGGUACUUUGGCCUUUUCCCGACGCGUUGAACAACGGCCGUGCGCUGGCCCAUCUCGUUCGCGGUGCUGCAAUGGUGCUACGUUAGGGUGGACGACGCGGAAGUGUUGCUGAUAUUUGACCCACUAAGUCGGCCAUGCCCGUCUCAUAGUCAAUAGCUCCUAGACGACAUGAACUGCCAUCAAAUACUGAGCGGUGCCUGCAACGCUGGCGACCGGUGUUUUGCUGUAGGCAGCGUUGAAGGCGUACCGUUCACCGCUUAUGCGGCUGGAUGCAAUAUCGUCAUUCUGGCGAGUACGUUUGAACGGGUGCAAAUCAUUCCUGGUGCAAUACACAAUUAUAUCCGUAUCAGUUGUUUGGAUUGCUCAACAGAUACGGGCAAAAUAGCUGCUGCCUAUGACAAUCAAAUAUGUGUUUUUGAACCAACCCCUUUGGUUUGCAAGAAUUCACCUCAUCAAUUAGAUUAUAAAUGGGUUGAGACUGCUAGCUGGCGAACUGCUUGUCGUAUUAGUUGUUUGUCAUGGAAUUUGGAAGGCACAAGAUUACUUACAGGAGGUACUAUUUUACAACUAUGGCAUCAACAAUUACCUGAUGAAGCCUUGGAAGGAAAUACGGGAAUGACAAGUGAUGGAGUAACUUUUGAAAUUGGUGAAGAAGCAAUACCCAUUUCAACAACAACAUCUAAUAACUGUGAAAUCCGUGGAUGGGAAAAUGUUUGGCAGAAAGAAACAGCAACUCCAGUAGUUCACAUCGCAUUUUCACCAGAUGGAACAUUAUUUGCUACUGCUGGUAAAGAUGACAGACUAGUCAAAAUUUGGUUUGAAAAUAAACAAUUACUAUUUCCAUCAAAAAGUGUUGAUCAGACUUAUUCAAUGAGUGCUAUUUCAAAUGCUGGUGAUCCAAAUUAUGGUUUUGUGUAUAUAGCUCACCCUCGUGCUGUAACACAACUCUCAUGGCGAAAAACUAGCAAAUACAUGCCUAAAGGAUCUGUUUCAAAUAUGUUAGUAACAUCAUGCCGUGAUAAUAUAUGUCGAUUGUGGUCAGAAACUGUAUUACCAGAUGAUGGUUUAGUAAAUAUGAGUCAUUUUGAUCCAUUAGCUGCUCAUAAUCCCCGAUUUCGAACACAUAGACAUAAACAUAGACUUCUGCAGCGUCUCAAACACAUGAAAGCUUGUUUUCAUAUACGAAGACAUGCUAAACAUCAAGGUGAUCUUGGAACUGGUAUAGCUGGAAGUACAAGUUCAACAAUACCAACAUUACCAUCUACAUUCAGUGUUCAUGAUUUUCACAGUUACGGUUUUCAUGGUACAGGAAUUAUUCCUGGAUUGCAUUUUCAUUUAGCUGCGAGUAUAAAUGCUGAAACAGACAUUCCAUUAGUGCCAAGUUUAUCAAGCACUGACCCUGAAAGAGAACCAAAUUUUGUUCUACAUUGGCUCAAUAAUAAAGAAAUGCAUUUUUCUCUCCAAGCAGAAGCAAUACUUAAUGAACUAACCAAAAAAGUAGUAGAAAAAGAUGAUAUGCUAAUAAAUGAUCCUUUUGUUAUAAAUGAACAUCAUGAUAUUGAGUAUAAUGAUUCAAGACGUAAACCAAAUAAGCUUGGUAAAGGUACAUCACAAGAUGAAAGCGCUAGUGAUGAACACAGCUAUCCAUCAAGUCAUCCUACACUUAGUAAUACAACAUCUGUUAAUUCAUUUACAAAUGAUAAUAAUCACAUAACUACUGAUUCUCUUGAUAAUAAAAUUGAAUGUUUACUACGAGACUGGCACCAUAGCCCUGAUUUAUUAUUUGCUGUUCACCCUAUUGAUGGAAGUUAUUUAAUUUGGGUUGUUGAUUGGUUGGAUGAAUAUCACCCAGGGUCUUUCAGACAAGCUCAAGUUUCUUUUUCUACUAGAAUACCUAAUGCUUUUCCUCUUGGAGAUGCUACAACAAUGUCUCAUAAUGUUUGUUUAUAUCAUACAUCUGGAUCAAGUUUACAGUUAGCAUUUAGAGAUGUAGUUAAAACUGCUGCUGCAGCACCAAGCAAAUCACCUAGUGAUGUUCAUGCUACUAGUGGAGAUUAUGGUGAUUCAAGUCUUCCUAGAGUAUUAGAAGAAGAUGGUGAUUCUUUGGCUGGUGAUAUUGAUCUACAUCGUCAAAAUGAAACAGUUGAACCAUCAUCAUUGGAUGAAAAUGGAAAAAGCAAUCGACCUAAUUUAUCUACGGGUGAAGAUUCAGGGACAUUUAAUGACAUAAUAUCUGCACCACCAUGUCCUACUCUCUCAAUGGUUACUAAACAUACUAAUGGAACCCUUAAUUUAUGGCAAUUAACCUUUGCUGAUAAAUCAAAAUUUUCACAAGUGUUAAGUAUUGGACAUGCAUCACGAGCUUCUGGUCAUCGUUUCCGUGUAAAUGAUGUUACCUGUCACCCAGUAUUGCCAUUAUUGUUAACCACUUCUCAUCAUAAUUUAUCAGAUCAAGAAACUCCUGCUUCUCCAUUAUCACUCAACCCACCUACUGCUCAACCACCAACAGGAUUUUGUAGUGAACUUAUACUGUGGAGAGUUGAUGCUGUUGGACCACUUUCUAAAUCUGGUGGAGUUUCAGAACUUGCUCGUAUUAAUUCCCUUCAAAUUUCUGCAUUCUCAAAUGUUGCUUGGAUACCAACAUUACUUCCUAGUACUACAUUGGGUACAUUAUCAAAUUCUCCAAGUGCUUGUUUUGUGGCUUCCGAUGGUGAGUGCUUACGUGUUUAUCAAGCUGUUAUAGAUGCUAGAACAUUAUUAGCUGAAGUAUCUAGUUCAGAACACCGAAGUCGAAUCGCAGCUGACUCAAUGGUGAGCUUAUCAACUGAUGUUUCUUCAGAAAAUGAUUUAAAACAUAACUCAUUACACGAUCGUAUAAAAAUUGUUUCUCAACAAUCUACUGCUAGACCCGGGUGUAUAAUACAAUUGGAUGCUAUAUCUGAUGCAACACAUGAUUGGCAGAAUACUCAAUUUUUACAUGUAUUCCAAGAACAAUUAAUGACAGGAGAAAGAUCAUCUGGUAAAGGUUUAGUAGAUGCUAUACCUGACUUUGAAAACGAAGAGCCUGAUGAUGAUUUUGAGGAACCAUUUUAUUUAGUUGUACUUGAACGAACUGUUCAGGGUACUACAGUACAUAUGUGGCGUUUGAUUAUUGCUUCUCAACCUGAAACUUUCAGUGAAAUUAUGAUGUAUGUACCCGAUAGUCAAUUAGUACAAGAUGAUGAUGAAAUGGACAAUUCAGGAAAAUUAGGUGCUACAAAUUUAGGUGGGGAAGAAAAUACUCAGCCAACAUUUUCAAAUUUUGCUCCACAUGUCUCAAUAUCAACUACUAAAAUUUGUACCCAAGAAUUAAAUUUACCUGAUGGUGUAGAUGUCAUUCAUGCAUCUCCUGCUGGGGGACAUUUAAGUUCUGCUUCUAUUUAUCCAGCUUGUUUUGCACCAUAUGUAUUUGUAACUGCAUGUUCAGAUAGUACCUUACGAUUUUGGAAAUGUAAGAUUACAAAAACAGGAGAUGAAGUUAGUUAUCAGUGGGUAGAGUGGGAAAUGAUAAGAAAAGAUCGCAAUUCCAUGAUCGAAAUAUCAGGUCAGCCAUUAAAUAUAAGUGCAGCAUAUAGUGGCCGUAUUGCUUGUGCAUAUAAAUAUGGAAAAUCAUUUACUCGGCCAUCAAAAAAAGACCCAGAAUCAAGAUAUGUAAAUUUAUGUGUUGCUAUUUAUGAGUGUGAAAGUACGGGUGGUUCAGAAUGGUUACUUGAAGACACAAUACACAUGAAAAAUAUUCAUUUGCCCAAACUUCAUAUUGAUCCUAAUGUUGAUAUGACAUAUUUACAUGAUCAAACAAUACUAUCAUCCAAAAAACAUAAAUUACAAUCUACAGUUUUAAAAGCUUUAUCAUCAGAAGAUUUGGAUGGCACUACUGGAAGAAAUAAUGGAAGAAAUGGUGAAAAUGAUCAAAUUUUAGUUAAAAGUAGUCAUGGUUUAUUGGCUGUUCCUAGUUUUAGUACUCUUCAAUCAUUAAGAAAAUCUAUUAUUGAAAAUGGAAAUACUUGUCCAUUAACACAAAAACAUAUUGUUCAAUUAGAUUGGGUAUCCAAAGAAGAUGGAUCUCAUAUACUUACUGUUGCUGUUGGUAGUAAGAUUAUGUUAUUCACACCAGUAUCAAGUGAUUUAGCCCAAGCUAAUAUGAAAGCAAUGAAAGAAUCACAAUCAGUAAACCGUCCAAUUUUACGAAAAGCUUCAUCAUUAGCAUCUCCCAAUUUUGUUGAUGAAAUAAGGUGGAUGAAACUUAGAAAAAUUGAUCUUACUACAGCAGAUGGUUUACCUCCCCUUCCCAUGCAAAUAUCUUGGGUUAGAGAUGGUAUAUUAGUAGUAGGUAUGGACAGUGAAAUGCACGUAUAUUCACAAUGGAAACCAAACUCAUAUACACAAAAAAAUGCUUUGCCAUGUUGUAAAUUAGUACAUCAAGAAUCAGACGAGCUUCAAGAUACUAGAAAUCUAAGAGAUGAAGAUCUUAGAACAUUGGCUCAUGAAACAUCACAAAGAAGAUUGGCUAAUGUUAGUUCCAUGCCGCAUUUGUCACGUGUAAGCUCAAUAAAUUUAAAUAUGUUAACUGCAGAGACAAAGAAAAAAAAAUUAGGUGUUCAAAAUGGUGACUCAACAAAUAAUAUGGAUUCUUAUAUGCCUGAUUAUGGACUUUUUGAAGCUAGUCGAAUAGCGUGCCCUGUACUUCCUCAAUAUCAUCCUAAACAACUUAUGGAGUUAUUAAAUUCUGGUAAAAUACGUUGGGUUAAAGCCAUUCUUGCACAUCUUGUCAGGUGUAUUUCUACAACAUGUAGUGUAAGACAAGGUGCUGUUGUAUGUUCAUAUUCUGAAGAAGAUAAUCUUACUCGACAAAGAGGAUGGUCUAGGUCAAGAACAUUAUCUGUCAGUUAUGCUGGAGCUGCUUCAAGUCCACUGGAACCUAGAGGAUCCACUACUGCAAUUCCAGAAGAGCUGAUGUUAGAUUAUGCAGAAAUCACUUCCAUUCCUCCUUUACCUUUAUGGACACUUUUAGCAGCAGAUAAAGAAAAUGCCAGUACUGGACUUAAAUUAGCUGAAGAUGAAAAAGAUUAUAAUGAAUUAUUUAAUGGAAACAUUUCUACAUCAGAAGAUAAUCUUGAUGAUAUAUUGAAUGAUGAAUCAGAAUCAGAAAGUCCUCGUAGAUGUGAACGUAGGUUAUCCAACUCAACUGAGAAACAACAAUGUUUGCUGUCUCAUUUUGGACCAAAACAAGGUCAACUUUUAUCUCGUCUAUUAACUCAUACACAUUUACCUGGUUUAUCAAGUUUAGAUCAAAUGCAUUUGUUAGCACUUGCUGAUACUGUAUCUACAUGUAACACUGAUUUUGCUGACAGAUUUGUUGAUAAAACUCAGUUUACUAAAGACAGUUCAGCACCUCAUGAAGGUGAAGUAUGUUCGGAUUCGUUGGAUGACUGUGGUCUUAGAUUCUUAUUAGCAAUGAAGCAUUAUAAUUAUUUACUGCGGUGUUUGGGUGUUGCACAACGUACACAAUUUCAAAAAAGAGGAAUGUGUUCAGCAGAUAUUGCAUGGGCAUUCCAUUCUGAAAGUGAAGAGGAGUUAUUACAAUUAACCCCUUCUUAUGUACGAGGAACCCCACGUUGGUCAGCCUUAAAAGAAUUAGGGGUUGGAUGGUGGCUUAGAAAUCAAACUUUAUUAAGGACAUGUAUUGAAAAGAUUGCAAAAGCAGCUUAUCAGACAAAUCAGGAUCCUUUAGAUGCUGCUAUUUUUUAUCUUGCAAUGAAAAAGAAGUCUUUAGUUUGGGGACUAUUUAGAUCCAAGCGAGAUGAGCGAAUGACACAGUUUUUUUCGAAUAACUUUGCUGAAGAUCGUUGGCGUAAAGCUGCAUUGAAAAAUGCAUUUGCAUUACUAGGAAAACAACGGUUUGAGCAUGCUGCUGCAUUUUUCCUUUUAGCUGGUGCUCUUAGAGAUGCAAUUGAAGUGUGUUUAAAUAAAUUAGAUGACUUACAAUUAGCUAUGGUAAUAGCGCGAUUAUAUGAAGGUGAAAUUGAUUCUACCCCUCCAAGUCUUAAACGCUUAUUAUAUGAGGAAAUUCUUGGUUGUGAUCAAAAUGGUGAAAAUCAAAAAUUGUCCAUGGCUAAUCCUGAUCCUUUCUUACGUUCUAUGGCACUUUGGAUACUUAAAGAUUUUACUGGAAGUCUUAAUACCUUGGUUCAAACAAAUGUUGGUACAAUGCAUCCACAAUAUAAUGAUGAAGAAAAACAAGAAACAUCUGCUGCAAAUCCAAAUGUGUUCAAUUUCUAUGUUUAUCUUCGGACACAUCCAUUAUUAAUAAGACAUUAUUUAGCAUCUACUUAUCAAGAUAAAAAAAAUCAUACUGUAGUAUUAUCAGGAUUCAGUUAUGGCUCUGAUGUUAGAUGCAGGGAAACUUCAGAUAGACAGUUGAUGUUAGAAGAUUCCAUUUCUCCAUUAGAAAGACAGUUAUAUUUCAAAACCGCUCAUGCUCAUUUUAAAGCAGGAUGUCCUGCACUCGCCCUUGAAGUUUUAUCGAAAUUACCCAGUAAAAUAAUGGAUCCUUCAACAGAACAGUCAAACAGUUUGGUCAGUACCCCAACGCGAAGUCGUGACAUUCGCAUAGAUACUGGUAUCUUAAUGCACGAAGAAAUAGAAAAAAAAUCUGCUGAAGCCGUUAAUUUAGAUGUAGUUGUAAAUAAUACUGUGACUGCUGAAGAAAUAGAUUGGUCCACACCAGUGAUGAAACCAAAAGACGAAUUAGUACUUGAAUGGAGCGAUAAAGAAGAUGAUGAUGAAGAUGAAAUAACAGUGCAAGAAUCUUCGAAAAUUAUCAAGCAAGAAUCCAUGGAGAGUGAAAAAUCAAAAUCUGAUUCAAAAGCAUGUAACCUUGAUGUAAUGGCACAACAGCUGAAAUUUGUUGCUUGUCUAAAAAUACUGAUGGAAGAACUAUCCACUUUAGCUACUGGGUACGAAGUAGAUGGUGGAGAGUUAAGAUAUCAUCUUUAUUUGUGGCUCGAGAGAGAAGUCGAUGCUUUAAAACAUUUAUGUAACUAUAGAUCCAAAGAUUCAAUGAUUGUCCAAUAUGAAGGAAGUAUUGAAACAUCAGUAUUAGAUCCCCGUGAGUUUUCUUCAACACCUACACUAAAGAAUUCUUCUGACAAACCAACCUUGCAUGAUAUUUUACUUGCUGAAAAAAUUGAUUUUGAAGCAAAAGUUCAACGAGCAGCUAGAAGAAAAAAGUGGCUAAAAGAAAACGAAACACUUUUAAGAACAUUGCUCAGCUAUUGUAGUUUACAUGGAGCUGGAGGUGGUGGUUUAGCAUCAGUUCGAAUGGAAUUAGUACUUUUAUUGCAAGAAUUACAACAAGAAAAAACUCAACAACAAUUACUCUCACCAUUGCCAUUCCCUACUACUUUACCAUUAUUGUCUGCAAGUGUUGCUUGUAACAAAACUGUAAUAGCAGAUCCAGUUAGAUACCUUCAAGCUCAAGCACAUGAUAUGUUGCAAACAGUUAUUGAUAUUCGUUAUCCUCCUUUAUUGACACGAAUGGAUCUUAGUGAUUUAUUUGUAUUGAGAGAUUUGUCAGUGGCAUUGUCAGCUUGUUUUUAUCAAUCACUCUGUGAUAGUGACACGGUUGCUGAAAGUUAUCAAUCUGGUGCUGACAAUCCAUCUUAUUGUAGCUACCUGAUAGCAGCCAAAAAUAGAAAACGUCGUUACAGUAUAGAUGAACCUAACAAAGUGACUACUCCGCCUUCAAAAUGGCCUGGUGUUUCAAGCUUACGUGCAUUAUUAGCACAUGAGAAAGAUGAAGAUGCACCUAAAUUAAAUACAUUAUUGUGUGAAGCUUUUGUUGCUACCUAUAUGGGUUUAUUAGUAUACGCAUUUUCUACUUGUGAUUGUCAUAUAUUAUACCGAUUAGUUGGACAGAAAUUUUCUGAAACUACAUGGAGUGCACUUUUUGGAGGUGGUGUGAAAAAAUUACUAAAGGUUGCACCUACAGCUCCUAAAAGUCGACCUAGCAGUUUAGAACGAGAGAAUAGUACAAGCAGUGAUACUGGUGUAUGGACAGCAGUUACAAGCUUAACUAAACAAAAAGUACGAUUAAAUAUGAAACUCCUGGGUCAGUUUGUUGGUUCUCCUGGUACUCCAAGUAUAAAAGAAGAUAAACCUACGUAUAGAGAGCAUUUCAUACCUCCUGAAAUGUCUAUGAUAUCAUAUUUUUUGAACAAACCAAAUUUAUCCACAGAAGUACAAGACGUAGAUUAUGAUUCAGCUGAUAGUGCUGUAUCUGAUUUAUCUGAAGAUGAAGAUGAGGAUUGUGAUGUUUUUGAUAACACACAAGAUAACAAAAGCAAAACUAAUAAAACUGAAAAUACUGAACAUUCAAAUCCUUAUAGCUAUGCUUGGAUGGUAAUGAGAUUAGCCAUAAUGCAAUUGGUCCAGGAGCAGUUACAUGGAUUUCUCACAGUUGCAGCCAUUGAUCUCCAAGAAUUACCAGUUAGUAGUCCAUUGAUACAUGGCAUACUCCGAGUAGUUAGCCAAUGGCAAGAUAUAUUAAAGGAAGAAUUAGAAUCUAAGGGCCCUCCUCCUGUUGAUUACAUACCCGGGUGCUUUGUUGAACAAGCUACAACUGGUCCUCCAAUUAAUAAGUACAGAACACUUUUGGAUAAAACAAAUACCCCAUUCCACCCUCGUCAUGGAUCAGCAGCACCUGCUCGGCGUUUGUGGAACUUUUUAGUUCGUCAAGAAUUUGUUCAAGAUUUGUUCAUUCGUAGUAUUUUUAGCCGUCAACCUCGUGCUGCAGGAAGCUCUACUUUACCAACUAUGAGUCAAGAAGUAAAGUCCUGUUCAGGAAGUGAAACACCUAAUUCACAUUUACCUGAUCCUGUGAGAAUUAUUCAUAAAGAACAAGAUUCAAUAUCUGCUUUUUGUCUUAAUUUGGCAAACAGUAGUCUUCUUGCUUUGGCAACCCCUCGGGAAAUACAGGAAAUGGACAUAUCAUUAUUACUAGAAUCACCUUCUUGGUUGGAGGAUGAAUGUGAAUUUGAUCUAGUUAAUUUAUCUCGAGAUCAUGAGCAUCAACCAUCAAGUUUCUUGGUUAUCCAAACUUCUGUUGAUCGCCCCCUUCAAACAUCUCCUGGUACUGUUAUUGUUAAUCCACUGCCAACAAGCCCCAGCGUAACUGGUUUAGCAAGCCAGACUGGACGAGGCGCUUCUGUGGUACAACAAAAGAGCUCACAAAGUUACAGCGAUGGAGGAACGAGAGCAAUAAAAAGCUCAAAAAAUAUUAUGUCGAUGAAGGGACUGAAUUUCCCUGGUUGUCACGACCCACGUUUCUGUCAGUUUGUCUGUGACCGCAGUCGACUCCUGCUCAGACCGGUGAUGAAACAUCGUGUAGAUAACAUUCGAAGAAUAUGCCCACAUCCUUUGCUACCUGUGUAUUUGACUGGUUCACAAGAUGGAUCAGUUCAUAUUUGGGAAUGGGGUCAUCCUCAAACAGUAGCUGAGCCUCGUGCAGCUGGUACAUUUGCAAAAGUAACAAGAGUGCGGUUUUCUCAGCACGGCAAUAAAUUUGGUGUAGCUGAUGGUGAUGGAAAUUUAUCUCUGUUUAAUGUCGGUCUUACAUCAUCUAACUAUAGACCAUUUUAUACAUUCCAAUGCCAUAAUAAAGUUACCAGUGAUUUUGUAUUCCUUGGUUCAUGUAGUCUCAUUGCUACCACUGGCCAUUCGUCGGAAAAUAGAAAUGUUGCUUUGUGGGAUACACUGUUACCAUACAAAAAAUCACUAGUCACAGCAUUUGUGUGUCAUGAACAAGGUUCUACUUGUAUAGGAUUCGCUCCUCAACAUCAAGUAAUUGUCACUGGCGGACGAAAAGGUGACAUAUGCAUAUUUGAUGUGCGUGGUGGUAGUGGUUCAAUAAAACAUCGUUACUUAGGUCAUGAGUCAUGCCUUAAGUGCAUGACUAUUGACCCACAUGAACAGUUCUAUUGCACAGGAGCAGCAGAUGGAGACAUUAAAAUUUGGAAUUUGUCCACCCAUCAGUUAAUGUACACUUUUCCUGCUGAGCAUGCUCGUUCUAGUUUCUUCAAACAUAUUGGUCAAGGUGUUACACAGCUACAGGUAGACUCAUCUGCAAGGUUAUUCUCAUGUGGAGCCGACGGUUCUAUGAAAGUCAGACAACUGCCGGACAGGUAUCAUUAGGAAUUUAUAUGUGAUUAGAUUCAUUGCUAAUCCUGGUAUGAAUCGAAUUGAUUUGCUAUUAAAAAUAAUAAGUAAAAAAUAUAUAACAACAGCACUAGUCAAAUAAUACAAUUUUGUAGGGGAAUGCUGCUUUUGAAAAUAAAUUUCUUGUUAUCUUUGUGUUUAAAUUAUAAUCUUUUAUGCAUUAUUGAGAUUCAUUCAAGUCUAUUAUAAUAAUUCUUAUUUUACUAGUAAAAUAUUAGAAAAUGUAUUUUAGAACACACGUAUUAUAAUAAAAUAAUUUAGAUAAUUUGUUAAUUAUAACAUUAAAAUGUGUGCAAUAAUCAUGCAUACAACUUAUUGAUAUUAUCUUUACGAAUUUGGUACUCAGUAGCUAUUACCGAUUAAAAUCAGCAAUAAUAAAUCA